GAGGAAACCACUUCAGAGCAGCCGGACGUGACGUACGAGCCACCUAAGAAGUGUGUCAACAAGAUGGUAAAUUCCAUCAGGAGGCGUGGUUCCCUUCCCGCCGCGAGCGCUCGCGCCAUUCGGAAGACCAUUGGCCUACCGCGGAGCAAAUCUUUCAUGUGGCCGUCCCAUGCAGCGCCUGACGAACGCCAGCCGCCAAGCCUGCCGUCCGUGUCCCGCGACUUUACCCUUGUCAGCAACCCAUCCAGUCAGGACGAAAUAGAAUACACACCAGCCGCGCGACCGCGAGUCCGGAUACCCAGGAAGUCUUCUCAGCAGCCAGCCGCGAUCGAUACCGACGCACUGUCAGCCGUUGAUGAAUGCCCUAUACAAGACCGCGAGCCAGAGCUGAAGCCGUCAAACGACAUGCAGAAUCAGACUCAGAUCACGCUGGCAGGGCCAGUCGACUCGAGCUCCUCACCCGCCGAUACGUCGGCACCGCCUUCCAAGCACCGCUCACGUCGACGCGUGAAGGGGCCGCGCCCCCGACCUUCGAGCAUGUCCGCCACUGUUGACGGGGAUGGACGGCGACGAUACGCCCGCCCUGCUCGGCCCGACAACUCCAUACCCCACGAGAUCUUCGAGACGCGGUUUGAGAAUCCCUUCAGGCCGAGGUCGUGGAGCGCCACUCUGAAGCGCGAGAAAGGCUCCGCAUCCGAUACUUCCUCCCAAGCAUCGUGCACGUCCAGACGACUCAGCGUUUUCGGGAUGCUCUCGACCUUCCGUCAAUCCCUCGUCAAGAAAUCUGACGGAGACGAAUCACCGCGAGACCCCUCUCCCCUGUCUCUGGACUCGAGCGCGUCGUCCACCGGGGCCUCCGUCUCCUCCGCGUCUUCCAGGUCAAGAUGGUCGUUCUGCAUGCGCAAUGGGGUGCCGCGAACGGAUCCGUAUGGGCCCCCCUACUUCGCGCAGCCGCCGAUCCCCUCCGCGGAUGCGGAUAGAGGGCGACGCGCCGCAGGCCGGAUCGCGACAUGACCAUGAGUUCACGCGUCGAGGUCGAGAAGGGAGAGGAAGCGGGGGCACGACGGGGAGGAAUUGGCUCGGUAAACAUGGAUUGAGGAGACUUGUAUUUUAGUUACACGAAUGUUUGUGUGUACGGGCCUGUCAGAUUGAGAUUGACGUUAAU